CCCCCCCCCGUGAUGCCUCUAACCGUUCCACCCUCAGAUCUCCCUCUCGUUCUCCGCUGCGCAAACAUUUCCCCAGAUCCAGGUCUCUUUCCCCAAGGAGCUUCUGUUCCCGCUGAAGCUCUGGUUCCCUGUCCAGUUCCUCCGAUCCACCUUCACCUCAUUUCUCCAGCAACCGGACACCCAAACAGCUAACAGUGUCUUUCCGCCACAGGCAGCCGGAAGCUUUGUGGGACUCCUCUGUGUCCCCCUUCCCCCCCCCUACUCCGCCCCCUCGGUCUUUCAAAACGCCCUCAGGCGCUAAACCCGGCCGCCAUCUGGCCCCAACCUUUACCCCACCCCUUAUGCGCUCGUGGGCCACAGCAGAGACCGGCCCCCGUCAAAUUAAGCCAGCUACAUUCCUUUCAGGUGGCGCUGAUGGAAGAUACGAACCUCACAUUUCAAGCACAGCCCACAGCCUCACAGACACCUCCCAACACCCAACAGAUCCUGUCCUACCUACACCAGCUUUUUCAUCCCAAUGAAAAAGCCCUACUUCAUUUUGUAAAAACACAUAUCAAACCCACACCUGAGGAUAUCAGGUUUCUAAAAGCCACCACUGCUUCCUGUCAGAUCUGCCAAAAGUCAGAUCCCAGGACCAAAUAUUGUAGCUUCCCUUUUCCUACCCACCAAGCCAGAGUCUCUCUUCCGGGAACUGACUGGCAGCUGGAUUUUACUCAUAUGCCCACAGUCAGGAAAAUUAAAUAUCUCCUGGUUCUGGUGGAUACAAUGUCUGGAUGGGUCAAAGCCUUCCCCACCUCUAACAAGAGAGCCCAGACAGUCUCUGACGUUCUUCUCCGAGAGAUUAUUCCCAGGUUUGGACUCCCAACUUCUCUUCAGUCAGAUAACGGCCCAGAGUUUACUUCCCAGAUUUCUCAAAAUCUGUCCAAAGCACUCGGAAUUCCCUGGAAUUUCCACAUACUGUACCACCCUCAGUCUUCAGGUAAGGUAGAACGGACUAAUGGCUCUCUAAAGGGAGCUCUCAUGAAGAUGUCACAGGAACUCCACCUCGAUUGGGUAAGACUUCUGCCCCUCGCUCUUCUCAGGCUUCGGGCUCUCCCCAAGGGCCCCCUUUUCAUUUCACCCUUUGAACUUAUGUAUGGGCGGCCGGUCUUAACACCCGGCCUCUCACCAGAAACCUCUCCCCUCCCUGAUCACCUGCUCACUCCCCUUCUUUCACACUUACGUUCACUUCUAUGGGACUUUGCGGAUCACUCUCUACCUCAGCCUUGCACUAACGCAUGUCCACCACCAAUUAAAAUAGGAGAUGAGGUAUUACUCUCACCCCCAGGUCAACGCCCCCCACCUCUUUCUCCUAAGUGGCAGGGACCUUUCAGAGUAAUUCUUCUAACCCCACAGCUGCCAAGCUUGAAGGAAUCCCUCAUUGGAUUCACUUGUUACACCUUAAACCAUUUAUCUCCACGGCUCAAGAUAAUCCUUCAUACACGGUAACCCAGACAGGACCCUGUUCCCUCAAGUUCCAAAGGACACCAGGCUCAGCCCCCCCUACCCCAUCCGCCACCUAAUCCUCCUGUGUUAAUACACCUUUCCUUCUCCAAAUUCCUAAAUAACCAUUCAGCUGUCAUUACAGAUCAUCAAAUACGAAGUCAAGGGCUCGGCGGUAAGCAGAUUCUUAACAAAGUUACUUGACAUAACAGGUCAGUCCACCUAAGCAGACAAAACACAAGCAGAUCGGUAACGGAAUAAGUAUCAUUUAAUUUUUUUUUCUCUUCUUUCUUUCAUUCUUAGAACUCCUCCCUCACCCCCACCCCCAAAUUUCCCCUCUAAUCUUCCAAACCUUCCAAAUCUCCUCUCCCUAAUUUCUUUCUCCACUAAUGCAGUUUUUGCCUUCCAGCAUAUUAACGAUGACCCAGCUACUCAGGAAAAGCCGGACAAAUGUGACUUCUUCAAUCAGCCAUCUCAGAACGCCAGCGAACAGAACAUAACCAUUAGGACAUCGCCAAGAUCAUCGGACAAUCAGCCAUCUCAGAACGCCAGCAGACCAACAGGACACCGUCAAAAUAACCGGACACUCCCUGGACCCCCUAGACGCCCAAAGUCAGCAGGAAGCAGUCGUGAGAGACCGGGCUACGCCCCCAUUCCCUACCCCUUAAGACCCCCCCCCCCGAUUUUUUUUAAUAAAACCAAAAGGGUGGAAUGUUGUUCCUUUUGGAAACUACAGCUCCCAGAUUCCUCCUGGAUUAUGGACACCUGUGCGCGCGGGCGCACACAGGUGCAGGACAUUUCUCCCACAUACCCUUGCGCUUCUCGUUAAAAAGCGAGCUUCCACGAGGUCUCGCUCUCUCUUGCCCCUUACCCUUGUGUGUCUUGCACACCUGUCCCUUCUUGUGUCCCCGCCCAUUAAAGUGCACCCACGUGGGAGGCGCGUGUCUGUGUCUUCUCCUUUCGUGCGUGUUUUGUCUGUCCUGUGUUUGUCUCCACACACACACCCGCUUUAAAAGAAUAAGAGCAUCCACUUUCCCCAAUUUCUGUUCACUCUGUGUGUAUGUGUUCCUUCAUGUAACUUAAAUGUACCUAUACUUAAUGUUAUAAUUGUUUAUUGCAUCUCAUUUCAGACUACAAAAACAAUUAAGUCUCGUGUUUUAAACUGGAAUGUACUUUUAAGUCUCUCACAAAAAUACCUUAUAUUUAAUCCAACCCUCAUUUAAAAUAUAUUAACCUGUUCUCUACUAUUGUCAGUUCUGCCGUUAACCUUCUAUUACAAGCAGUUUUUUCUUCUUUCUGUCUUUUUACGAGUGUAAUUCUUACCUGUUAAGUUAAGAGCCAGUACAGUCAAGCUCAGACCCAGCCCUCCAGGCAGAUUCUAUACUGUAGUUAUACCUGAUAAACAGCACUCAACUGCUCAGAGAUCUGGGGAAUAUGGCAUUAAAAUAUUUAAUUAUUAAAAACUUUUCAUAACAAAAAAACCAGGUUGGCUCCUAGCAGCAGCACUCUGCUUCCUCCAAAGAAGACAGAAGACAAAUGGGCACAGAACAACGUCCAUCUGCAAUUCACUUCAACUGCCAAGUGCUGACCACUGGGCAAAACUACCUUUCAUCUAAGCUGAUCUCCUGAUGUGGACAGAAUCUCUGGAUUCGACAGCCUAGCUGCUCAGGUCAAGGUAGGCAUGUCUUCCUACAGAUUUCUUAGCCCACAGGGUCUUCCGGAGCCUGGCAGGCCCUGUGCUAAACAGCAGAAGGCAAAUGCGACCUUCAGCGACCAUGGAGCACCUGAGACGUAGCUCUGGGUGCCAACCAAGUAAGUUCUCUGUCAUUUUUUUUUUAAAUCAGUAACUCAAGUAAAAUUUUAUCCUUCUCAAAGAUCACUGAUGCAGUUUGACAGCUGAGAGGUUUUGUCAGUUUAAAAGGACAACCUCACCAAACAAAUUUCAGAUCAAAUUUCUCUCUCACGAUGCCUUUCAUAGUCUUAAAAAUACUUUUCAUUGUGCAAAAAUAUCUGUCACAGUCAUUCUGACAUAAACAUGCUACUGUUUAUACAAUGUAUAGUCUAAAACUUCUGUUUUCACAAACCCAAAUAAUUCUUAUGAGUUCCCAGGACCCGAAUUAAAGAAUCUACCUUAAACAGGUCAGAUACACCGCCCCCUUAAUUCCCUGGUCCUAUUUUUUUUCCUUAAUUUAACUUUGUCCUCUGUUCUGCCAAUACCUUAAAUAGGUGUAAGAGACACCAGACAUUUCCAUACCACAAACAUAGGACAGGAGCAAAGAGACCAGCUAUGCCAGGAUGUGGCCAGUAUUAUUCUUUUUAAAGCGGGUGAGUGUGGAGGGUAGAGACAAACACGAGACAAACGAAACACGCACGGCGGAGCGGGGUGGGAAGGAGAUGCAGACACGCGGCGGUCCCACGUGGGUGCACUUUAAUGGGGGAGGGGUAACAACAGGUAAGGUACAGGUGUGCAGACACAAGAGGGUGGGAGGGGAAAAGAGAGCGGGGACUCGUGGAGACUUGCUUUUUAACGGAGAACGCAAGGGUAUCUGGGAGAAGUGUCCUGCACAUGUCAUCGUGGUAAUCCAGGGGAAUGUUGGGAGCUGUAGUUUCCAAAAGGAACAACAGCCAGCGCCCAGCCUUCUCAGGUCCCCCCCCCCCCAAAGACAACGCCAACAAAUAAGCCGGAAGCAGUCUUGAGAAUCCGCUGCCCCAAAUCCAUCAACCUGUGGUGGUAAUCUCCCGCUUUUUAUUAUAAAAAAGAGAUGGGAAUGUAAUGUUCUGUCUCUUUAAGAGACAAGCCAUGCCCACUCCCUUCCUGCUUGCAGUCUCAGCCCCACUCUCUCCCUGUCCCCUCUCUCAGAGAGGCAGUCUUUCUCCCCCCCCUCCUUCUCUCUCCCCCCUUUUCCUCUUUUCCUUCCCCUCCAUAACACCAAAUAAAUGUCCAAUUCCAUUCUGUAUGGUAUGCCUAUCUCUGUGCCCCCUACCUGCUGCCUAUCUGUUUGUUGCCACCAGGGACCAGCCACCGUCCCUGCCGCGUGGUCUCUGAGACUGGCUGCUUUCGGGUCCCCAGCAGUCCCAGAGACUUGCAGCAUCUGUGACUCCCACCUGCUGCCUGCCCACACUGCUUGCCUGGGACCAGCCAGUCGCUACAUGACUGGGGACCAGCCACCUUUGUUUGGGGACCUGCCGCAUGGUCUCAACCCACAGCAAGCAAGCUGCUGGGGACCGCAGCAAAUCCAUUUCAGAUUAUAGGGGGCUCUGAGCCACUACCUUAUUGUAGGAGGCUGCUUAUUUGUUUCCUGGCCACCCUGACUCCAAAAUAAUCACAUAGAAACUAUAAUAUCACUGCUUGACCAAUCAUGUCAGUGUAUUGUUGCUAGCUCUUAUAUCUUUGGUUAACCCAUUUCUAUUAUUUUAUAUUUUACCAUGAGGUUGAUGGCCUACCAGCAAGAUUCCAGCUGCCAGCUCACGUCGUUCCCCUCUGGCGGCUACAUGACAUCUCACAGACUCCACCUUCUUUCUCCCAGCAUUCUGUUUAGUUUUCCCACCUAGCUCUACUCUGUCCUAUCACAGGCCAAGCCAGCUUCUUUAUUCAUUAACCAAUAAGAGCAACACAUAUACAGAAGGACUUCCCACACCUGUGGCUAUGUUGGUAUCCAUGGGCCUUGCUGCCAUGGGAGCCAUGCCAAUUAGAGUGGCCUGCAAAGCCACAUGGGCCUUGCCCAGGCUGUUGCUGUAGGCCAUGUCUGGGUCUGUGUCCCCAACAGCAGCCAGGGUCUGGGCUAGUAUCCACAGCUCAUUUUCCUAUAGGAAGUCAUAGUAACCAUACAUGUUGAAAUCUGAGGGCUGUGCUGAUCCAGCCCUGUCCCUCACUGGCCCCGGGAUAGCUGGCUCUGCUCCUUGCUAGACACUGCAGCAGGAGAGCUGGCCCCAUCCCUGUCAUGGGAGAGCUGACACCAGCACUCGGGAGAGAUGGUCCCAAUCCUCACCACAGGCAUGGGAGCGCUGGUCCCAUGGCAUGAGCCUAGGAGAGCUGACUCUCCCCCUCACCUAAGGGGGUGGUCCCAAAGGCCCAGACCAACCAGCUCAGCUACCACCCAGACCCACGUCACAGGCCUUGGGUUGGCCCACCCUAACAUCUACCCCAUCUGUGACCUGCUAGAGUGUGCAAAGGGACUGGUCCUAUGGAACAAUAACCACAGGACCUCCAUGACUCAGGACAACAGCAUAUCCAAGAGGAGUUUCUAUGAGGACCCAGUGAUGAUGGUGCACCAGACUCCAGAGGCCUUGAACCAGACCAGUGAUUCAUUGCAAAGGGGCUGAUUGGACGUGCAAAGGGGCACGUCGCAGCUCCUGGUGCCACCCAGAGGAAAGAUGAAGGAGUUAGCAAGUAGUCAAGUAGACUGAACUCAGACAACAUCCUCAGCCUCUGCGGAGAACAAGUGGACUUGAGUUCGUUCAGCCUUAUCUGGGCUGUUUAGAGAUGGUGCUACAGCUGCAUCAUUCAAAGUCUGUAGGUCAAAUGGACAAAGCAAGACUCCCACACAACCCUCUGCCGGCUAUGGUGUCUAUGAUAGGAAGGAGUGGAUAAACAGACAAGCUUGAAGACGGAUGAGUGACCUGAACACAACCAACAUAAUGACAACAGUUGGCAUGCCGCCGUGAAUAGGGCAUAUCCUACCUGGUCCUAGAUCACAAGCUACAAGUCGUCAAGGCUGCUGAGAUAGGGUGACGCAGUUUGCUCUAGGGAUGAGCUUUCACAGAGGUUGUCCAAACCCAAGUGGUCAAUCUUAGACACAUGCAAACCAAUAAAGAUAAAUGUACUUAGGGCAUAUAAACAUGUGUGUACCCACAUACAGAUGAAUAUACAUGUAGUAAGAGCAGUUAAAGCACAGGCCGUGAAUUAGGGAGGGGGAACAGAAGGGGAAGAGGGGAGUGAUGUACAUGCAGUACUCAUGUACAAAAAUAUCCAAAAAUGUAAAUAAACAGUAUGUUGUAAGAUGCCUUCCAACUUUUGCUUUGGCCUUUUGGUGCCAUGAACACCAAUGUAAAGCUAACUACCUUGCUAAUCAGGACAAGUGGAGGGGCCCUGAGAUGACAGGCAUUUGAAGGAGGCCCUGAGUUCCUCCAGGCCACUUAGCCAACUAGCUGGGUAUCCUAGAGUGACCCAGUAGAUGGGAAGCCGAGUAAUUUUACAGUAAGUCUCACCCAGAUUUCUCACCUACACAGACAGUCAUGAGUACAAUAAGUUAUUGUUUUAAGACCCAACUUAGGGAGUGGUUUAUUCAUCAACAAUGUAGAACUAGGACAUUGGAUGUUGCAGUAGCAGCUCGAAGGUCACAUACAACUAAGAGCAAUUUUCUUUCUUUUUUAAAUUCUCCCAUAAUUAUAUCCUGAACACAGUUUCCCCUCCCUCCACUGCUCCCCACACCUCUCUGCCCCAGAUCUAUACCCCCUUCAUUUCCCUUCAGAAAAGAGCAGGUCUCCUAGGGAUAGCAGCUGAAAACGGCAUAACCGUUGCUGGUGGGAGUGUUUUUCUUAAUAGCAGUUUGGCAAAAUAGUUGUUUUGCGUCCAUGUGUACCACAAUGCAUGCCUGGUGCCUGCAGAGCCAAAAAAGGUAUUAGAGUUACAGAUAUUUGUGAACUAUCAUGUGGGUGCUAGGAAUUGAAUCUGGGUCCUCUGGAAGAGCAGAUGAUGCUCUUAACUGUUGAGCCAUCUCUCCAGCCCCCAAGGGAACUUUUUUAGAAUGAUGAAAGAUACUUGGGAAUGUGUCCAUGUGAAUAGGGAGCUUCUCUAUGAUGAUGGUAGGUCUUUGGAAAUGUAUAUAUGUUAAUAGGGAAAAGCUAGGGGAAAGAAGCCUAGAGGUGUAGAGGAGGGAGGAGAGGGCUGAUGUAUGAGGUAUCUAAGAAGGGAAGAUGAGAACCACACUCUGGGCAUAAGAAGCUUCUAAAGAAAGAUGCUUUCUCUCCCAUGGAUCUAUAAAAUUAUGAGGCUGCCCCAUGUAGUAAAGAAAAUAUACAAAGGUUAGAUAGAAAUUGAUUAGUACCCCAGGAAUGGUCAACAUGUUCCUUAACAGGAUUACUUACAAGCCAGAAAGUAACUGAUAUAUAUCAGGUUUGUGUGUGUGUGUGUGUGUGUGUGUGUGUGUGUGUGUGUGUGUGUGUAUUUGGACUAGCAACUGGGUCACCUUCUGCUAAAGCCAUUUGUGAACAUUAAAGCCACACCUCCACAUAGUUGAGCUGGUCUGGACUCAAUCGGCUUUCAGAAUAAUAGAGGCUUUUAGUUUGGGUUGUGGUAUAUAACUGUAUCAUAUAAACACUUUGGCUUUGCCUUUGAUAGUCACAGACUUCACAUGCUAAUAAGAAAAUGAUGUGUCCAGGGAAAGUGGAAAAGCAACUUUGUUUAAUAACAACCUCUUUUAAAUCACCUAUUUUAGAAAAUUAUAACCAUAUAUAAAAUUAGACAAGCUAGCACAAUGAACCUGCAUAUAUCUACCAUCCACCUUCAAUAAUUAUUAAUUUCUUAAAAACAACAAAGAAGUCUGAAAGUAAGACCUAUAAAUUCAGUAUUAGGGAGGGUGAGACAGGAUAAUUGCAAGGCCAGCCUGGACUACAUGAUGAGUUUCAGGUAAGUCUGAGAUAUAAGGAGAACCUGUCUAUAAAAGCAUAAAGAUAAGAAAUAAUUAGCAAUUUUUGCCCAUAAUUUAAAUGAUACACAUAUCUUAUUAUAUCCAUAGAUGAUCCUCAUUAUUCAAAACUUUUAUAUUUAUGCCUUGGCCUGUUUGCUAGAAUUUGUCUCUGCUCCCAUAGUUAGUACUUAUGAUACUCUCACGGUAGUUCAUGGACCUACACAGAGAGAGGGCCAGGCACUUGAUGUUCUCAGCUGAGGUUGAAUAGGGAACACACUGCUUUUCUCCUAUCUGGUAUUUCACUGUGUCCUCUUCAUGGUCUUUUUAAUGCUAUGUUUUAUGCCUUUUGUUGGUGAUUUCAUUGCUUAAAGAAGCCACUGAUAAUAAUGUUAACCCCAGAGAGGUGUGCUGUAUCUUAUGGAGACUAUGUAUGGUUAGAUAAGUUUCACUCUGGCACGAGCUAUCAUGUGUUUGGCUAUGAUUUUGUAAGUUGUGAAUCAGCAAUCAUGUACUUCUAGAAAAAGAAAGAAGAGUGUUUUGAUCAUAUUUACCCUGUAUGCUCUUUUGUCCCACUCUACUCCAGCCUUCUUUCCACUUUCAUAUUUCAUCUGGGACUCGAUGAGUGUAAUUAGGGUUGUUGAUAGUAACACGGGUGAGAGCUUGUUUACAGGAGCGUGGCUACAUGACUGAAAAAAAAAAAACCUCUCCCUCCUCUGUCAACAUUAACUACAUUUAAGUCCUCAGGAAGGGGUAAAGUCAUGGUCGUGUUUCUAGUUUCAUGACCUGUACCCAUAGUCCCACAAAAAUGUUAUUUUCUUCUUUUGCUGUCUGUUCAAGUCAUUUGCCCUGUAUUUCUAGAGUUGGAGUUCUAGGUAAUCAGCCUUCUUUUCUAUGUAUAGCUGGCAACGAUUUUUCUCCCAUCCCAUAGGCUAUCUCUGUUGAAUUUUUCCCUUGUGUAAAAGCUUUAUAAUUUCAUGAUGUCUCACUUGCUAAUUCUUGGGAUUAUUUCCUGUGAUACUUGAAUCUCUUUCAGAAAGUUUCUGCCUAUGCCUAUAUCUUAAAGGAACACAGAACAACAAACACCUUUAUUCCAUGAACUCCAGAGAUGGUUUAUUUGGCUUUCUGGGCUUUGAUCUUCCUCAGCUGCUCCUUGCCCUGAACUGCAUAGCCAUUUGCUCUAUCACACUGAGCCCAGUCUUGAUGCAAUAUAGCCAAGAAGCUUACCCUGCUGGAAUUUAUGGGUAUCUCUUGAAAUGUGGCCCCUAUGUUUUUCUCCAGCACCUUCGUAAUUUGAUCCAGCCGAAUUAAUUUUUGUUCAGUGUGAGAGUCACAAAUCUACUUUAUUUAAUUUAUAGUUUCCCCAGCACUAUUUGUGUGUGUUUUGCUCUUUUGUUGACAAUUAAGUGGUUGUAGCUGCAUGGCUUUAUUUAUGGGUUUCCUCUUCUAGUCCACGUCUGUUGUACUGCUUUUGUUGCUUUUGUAGCAGAAUUUGAAAUUAGAUAUUGGGAUACUUCCAGCAAUGUGCGUUCUGCUUAAGAAUGCUUUGGCUAAUUCAAGGUCUUCGGUGCUUUCUUAAGAAUUUUAGGAUAUUUUUUCUACUGUGGAGAACAUUGUUGGAAUUUUUAUGGGAAUUGUAUUGACUCUUUAUAAGUGUAAUAAUUUAAAUACCAAUAUGAUGUUAUAGAUUUGAUUUUCAGAUAUGUUCUCCCGGUCUAUAGCUUAGAUUUUUGUUCUAAGUCUUUUCUAGAACAAGGAGUUAAUUCUGUUUAACUCUAAUUUAAAAAAUCAUGACCUCAUUCUGCCCAUGUUCAGAGAACCUGAUUGAAGCUGAAUUCAAAAGUAAUAAACAAAAAAAUACGAACUAUGAGUUGGAGUCCCAGACCAAAUGAAAAGGAGAAACUGAGAGGAGCACCAGCAUCCAUCUCUUUGUUUCCUUCUUCUAUUUACAUCAGGUGGGCGCAUUUCUGUUUGUCUGUUUAUUGGUUUUCUAUUCAUUUCUAGUUUGUGUCUUAUGCAACCCCAGUAGCACAAUCUCAAUAGAUGCUGUCUAUAUAAUAAAUAGUAAUAUCUGCUAGAGUGAUUAUCCCUAGUUUAUUCAUUUGAAUAUGUUUUGGCUAUUCUAAUGUCUUUACUUUUCCUUAUAUGUUGUGGAAUAAACUUGGAUAUAUCUAUAAGAAAUCUCAUGAAUUUUUGAUAGUAAUUAUAUUAUACUAUACAUACUUAUAUAAUUAUAUAGAGAUCAUUUUGAGAAAAAAUGCACCUUUACUAAGUUAACUAUUCUCUGUUGAGUCAUAUUCUCACUAUAUACUUCAGACAGUCUUCUAAUGUGCUGUGUAAUACAGGGUGACCUUGAGCUAAUGGCAGACCUGUCUUCUGAGUUCUGGAGGUGUGUGCCACCAUGCUAUGCAAAAGCAGGGUACAAAUGUGGCAUCUUUUCUGUCAUUUUGUAUCUGUCUCCUUUACUUUGAGUUAUUGAGUAUUCUUGCGAAUGAAUAAUAUGUCUCUCCAUUAAAAAUAACCAUUGCUUAUUUACUUUUAUCAGGAUUUUAUAGGAAUGGUUACUUCCUAUAACUUCAUCUCAGAAUAGAGUAGAAAUGCUGCUUGGUCUUUGAAUGUUGCAGCCCUCCCUUUGCUCAUUUGUGAUGAUAGCUAACUUAUUAGGUUAUUGUGAAGAUUUAAAGAAACAAUGCAGGUUUGAGCCCUGUCUCUGACAUGUUUACUUCACUCUUAACUUUUCACCCAUACUUCCUUGUUGCGCUCUUGAGUCUUCAUCUGUGAAUCCAUAUGCAAUAAUAGUUAAGAGAACUGGUUGCUCUUCCAGACGACCGGGGUUCAAUUCCUAGCACUCACAGGGAAGCUCACAAUUGUCUUUAACUCCAAUUCUAUGGGAUAUAGCAUCCUCAACACAGACAUACAUGCAGGCAAAACAAUCAUGCACAUAAAAUAAAAAUAAAUUAUUUCCAAGCAAAAUUAAUCCAACACAGUUUGAGAGAUUAUAGGUGAAGGAGAUUAUUUAAGACUGAACAAUUUCUUUUUGUUGUUGUUUGGGGGUUCCUUGAGACUAUGUCUUACGAUGUAGCUCUGGCUGGCCUAGAACUCAUAAUACAGACCAGAUUGGCCUCAAACUCUCAGAGAUGCACCUGCCUCUGCCUCCCAAGUGCUGGGAUUAUAGCUGUAUACCACAGUGUUAAAACAUGAACAGAGACAGAUCUGGUCGUCUACAGAGUGAGUUCCAGGACAUCCAAGGCUACACAAAGAAACCCUGUUUUAAAAAAACAAAGAAAUUAAUUAAUUAGUUAAUUGAUAAAUAAAUAAAAUAAAACAUUACAAGUCUUGAAGCUGGUUGAUGAUGAAGUUUCCUUACACUAUUCUCUAAACUUUUGUGUGCUUGAACAUAAAAAGCAAUUUGUAUAAUCAUUUGAAAACUUGAAAUUUGGAGGAUUUCAUAAAGCUGAAUUAAUUCUUACGUAUUAAUGUCUCUAGUAGCUCAGAGGUAAAAGAAUAUUAAAGACAAGUUAGGAAAUGAGAAAGAGGCCUAAAUGUGAAGCAGUGCUAUCUAAGUAGGUCAUGCCAAGGACUGCCCCCCCUCUCCUCUCUACUAGGACAGAUGAUGUAUAUUUUACCUGCUCAAACAUAAAACAAAAAAUCAUCUUUAACUGACUUGUGCAUACCACGUAUUCCAUACUUGUAUUAAUACAGAUAUGUGUGUUACUUUUAAAAGUUUGUGUGUUUUCAGAACAAGGGUAUCAAACAUUGAUGAAAAUGGAUAGCCCAGGUGAUCCAACAUCUCAGAGCAUCUCUGUUGCAAUUUCCUCAUAGUUCUGCAACCAGAACAGUUUCAGAGCUGCUGAGUGAGAUGGCCCAGCCUCACAGAUUACUCCAGCCAGGACUCCAAAUAAGCCUUACACUUUCCCAUUACAUAGAGAUUGGACAAGUAAUACAGCUAACUCUCCCAGGACUUGACCAUUAUCACACUUUCCCCAGUGCCCCCAGACAACAGGAAACAGUCUAGAAAACAUGACACCAACAUUCUCAGGAGAUGGGAUGGGUAAUUUUUGGUCAUUCAGUAGGUUAUGGAUGUUAUUCACAGAAAAGUCUGUCAGAUAUUCUAGGCUUAUAGGCUAAUGAUAGAUACCCCAUGUUGCAGAGGAACCUUGGAUGAUUGCCCAGGCAGCCAACUAUUUCUAUCAUUUCUUAUAGUUUGGAAGUUGUUUUCAAUGCACUUCCUGUUUACUCAGGUAAUAUAAAGACUCCUUCUGGAGUCUUUGAUGGAAUUGAAGUUUAGAUAGUCAUAGUUAUAGUUUUCCUUAGUUAUGGUAGAAGGUAAAUUAGAUACAGAACUUUGGACUAAAUACUGGAGUAUUUUCUCCAAAAUUGCCAAAUACAAAUGAAUUGAACAUUGCAAAUAUAAUUCUUACCUGAUAAUUGUUCUUAUUGUGUAUAGUUUUAUCAUGUUAAAGUAAAAUUUUUCCUUUUUAUGUAGACAAAAAUGAGGAAAUGUUGUGGAAUAGUCUUCUUGCACACUGUGAACAUGUGUCUUUACCAAGGUGCCUUCUGAUUGAUUUAAUAAAAAGCUAAAUAGUCUUUAUUAUGAGGCAGGAGAUACAGGUGGAAAAGUGAGAGAGAGAACUCUAGGAAGAAAAGGGCAGAAUCACCAGUGGACAAGAGGAAACGGACAUGAGAGAACGGACAUAAAAAUCACAAGUCAUGUGACAAUGCAUAGAUGAAUAGAAAUGGGUUAAUUUAAGUUAUAAGAGCUAGUUAGAAAACAAACCUAUGCUGUAGAUACAGACUGAGCUUUUAUACUUAAUUAGAAACCUCUGUGUCAUGAUUUGAGAGCUGGCAGGAGAGACAGAAAAAUCUGCCUACAUAUAUUUGUAAAAAAAAAUAAAAAUAAAAAGCAGCAGGAACAACAAAAAACUAUUUGUUCUGUAACCAUAAAGACUCCAUGAAAUUACUUCCACAUUAGAACAUGGAUUUGAGGGCUCCUAAAUCCUUUUUUCUAGGCCAUAGUUACUCAAAUUUGGCUCCAAAUAAACUACCUAUUUCUGUUUGAGAACUGUAUUUUUUCAACACACAAACACCACACACACACACACACACACACAUAUAUUUCAUCCAUAGUUCAUAAUUCUUUCCCCAUAUCAUGCCUAGAAAACUAAAAUUUCUCAUUUCCAAAGUGGUUCAUAGAAGCACCAAUCUUUUCCUGACUUUCUGUUAAGAAUGAUGUAGGAAGUCCUGUAUAUAUGUUGCUUUUAUUGGUUGAUGAGUAAAGUUGUUUUGGCCUAUGGCAGUACAGAAUAUAGUCAGGUUGGAAGAAAUAUAUAGAGUAGGUGGAAUCAGAUGCCAUGUAGCUGCCUAAGGAGACAGAUGCCUUCUGAACCCUUACCAGUAAGCCACAGCCUUGUGCUGAUACACGGAUUAAUAGAAAUGGGUUAAUUUAAGAUAUAAAUAAGAGUUAGCCAGGCAUAUGCCUAAGCUAUUUACCAAACAGUGUUGUAAUUAAUACAGUUUCUGUGUUAUUAUUCAUGUCCAGGCAAUUUGGGAAAUGAACAGUCUCUACAUACAGAAAAAACUCUCUGGUUACCUUUUUACCUAUAGUAAGUCAUAAGACUCUCCUCAUUCCAGAGGGAUCCGUGCUUCUCAGAGAAGCUGAGAGGAAUUUGAACAGGACAGGCAUUGCUGGAUUUUCUCAACAGGUUAGGCCAUCUAUCCCUAAAAUACUAAUUAGACAUGUAAUAGUAAAAUGCAGAGAGAGAUUUAUUCAAUGUGACCAUAUUGAGAAGAGGAAUAGAUAUCCUCAAGUCUAUCUAUCUCUUUGGCACUCACCUGAGUUUUAGGUUUAAAUAGAGGAGGAAUGGGGCAAGGGGCAGGAGGUGUACAUAAUUAAGCAGGUCUUCUCUAAAUGUGGCUUAGUUUGUCAUAUUGCCUCAAUUCUGGUUCCGCAGGAUGUUUUGAAGAAGUCCUUAUUGCUGUAACUGCUUGAGAAAUUCAAUCUGGUUCACUGGAGUUGGUUAUUUCUGUACUAGCAUAUAUCUUUGCUCUCAUGGAGAAUUCCCUCAUUUAAGGAAUCAUCUUUCCUGUGAAGUUCUGCUGUUCUUAGAAUCCAUGGUGACUUUAUGUUUAGGGUGCUGACUUGUCUCUGUGCCUUUAGCCUUGAAGAGGGGUGAGUGCAUAGAGGCACUCCUUGAGUGAUUAACAUGCCUAUGUGAAGAGGUUAACAGGUAACCUAAAGGAAAAGGGGACAGGCAUAAAAUGAAGGCAGAAACUCCAGGUUUUCUCCUCUUGGUAUCUUCCUGUUAAAGAAGGUACAUAUUUUUCUUUUAAUUAUUUUGAGAUUAUGUAGCCCAUGUAGCUAUGUAGCCCUAUGUAGCUGUCCUGGAAUUCUCUAUAUAGACCAGGCUGCCCUUGAACUUGCCUGUCUCUGCCUCUAGAGUGCUGGGAAAAAGCAUACCCCACUACACUCAGUUAGUACAUAUUUCUUAAAUAAAGGAUAAUUCAGUGUCCCACAAAGUAUAAUGAACAUAAUCAGCUUUGCAUCAUAUUUGCCAAAAUGAAAAUUCACACACUUUCAGAUUUGUGUAGUUAAAAGGAUGGGGAAGUAAGACAAGAUGAGUUACAGAGUAGAUUUUCUUUUUUUUAAUAUUUAUUUAUUUAUUAUGUAUACAGCAUUCCUUCCAUGUAUGUCUGAAGGCCAGAAGAGGGCACCAGACCCCAUUACAGAUGGUUGUGACCCACCAUAUGGUUGCUGGGAAUUGAACUCAGGACCUUUGGAAGAGCAGGCAGUGCUCUUAACCUCUGAGCCAUCUCUCCAGCCCUCAGAGUAGCUUUUCUUUCUUCCUUCCUUCCUUUCUUUCUUUCUUUCUUUCUUUCUUUCUUUCUUUUUUUUUUUUUUUUUGGUUUUUUGAGACAGAGUUUUUCUGUGGCUUUGGAGCCAGUCCUGGAACUAGCUCUUGUAGACCAGGCUGGCCUUGAACUCACAGAGAUCCACCUGCCUCUGCCUCCCGAGUGCUGGGAUUAAAGGCAUGCGCCACCAUCGCCCGGCCUCAGAGUAGAUUUUCAAAUCAGUGAUCUACACUGAAUCUUUCAGGUAACUACAAUGAAAAGAAUGACAAUAGUGGCAAUAGAAAAAAAAUAGCGUGUAUUUCUUUCUAAAAUUAUCUACUUUCGGAGUGAAAUUAUGUCUGCAUAUAGUGUAAACCUGAGAAACUCACCCCAAAACAUAGCAUAAGACUGAGAAAAAGGUGAGCAGCUGGUAUGGUAAGUCCUUCUGUCUAUGUGUUGCUUUUAUUGGUUAAUGGAUAAAUCUGUUUUAGCCAGUGGCUUAAUAAAAUAGAACAAGGCAUGAAUUCCAUGCAGAUAGAGGAGGAAAGAAGAUGGAGUCAGGGAGAAGCCAUGUAGCUGCCAUAGGAGACAGACACCUCUGCCGGAGCCUGCUGAAACUUUACAAGUAGACCACAACCUCGUGGAUUAAUGGAAAUGGAUUAUCUUAGAAUAUAAGAAAAUAUGCUUAAGCUAUUGGCCAAACAGUAUUGCAAAUAAUAUAGUUUCUGUGUAAUUAUUUCAGGUCUGAGUGGCCGGGAAUGAACAAGGCGCAUCUGGCAACAGAUUGGCACCCAAUGUGGCCAACUAAAUCCACUUAAAACCUGAGGCAGCUUGGGAAGGAAUUCUAGACACACACACACA